AUGUGUCUGCUUCUUACUAUCCCAUCUGAGCUCCGAGCACUCAUCAUCGAACAUGUGCUCUUUACCCCGCUCAGCCCACCUGUGACUCCUCUUCAAUCCGAUGGUAUCGAAUACAAUGAUCUUAGGUACAAGGGAUGGGUUGGACGUGGUAGUAAGACUUAUUAUUAUAAGCCGCAGAGCACGGCAAGCUCUUCGAGCUGUCUGUCCCUUCUUCUCACAAAUCGUCAAAUUUCAGCCGAGACUCAGAUGAGCCUUGGACGCAUGAAAGUCGACUAUGACCUUGACAUUUCAGUCAAGGAUGACUUGAAUCUCUUUCUAACAUGGCUGUCGGUGCCAUGUCUCACAACCCAUGUAUCGACCCUCUACGCGAAUGUCCGUCUUUUUGGCCACAUCAUUGAGAAGUGCGUCGUCCGUAGCCAAAUCGGCGAUGGUGGCCGGCUAGGCUUCCAUUGGUCAUUCUAUGCCGCAUCAGAGCGUUUUCUCCGCUAUGGAAUUCGCAGACCGCGGCAUACUGGUGACACACUUGUUCUCGAUUUCCAGUCUGCGGAACUAGAGCUUGCCUUCCCACCAGAAGCUGUGACAUACAAGCAUUGGUCGGAGCGACAUCGGGGUCUCGAUCGGGGAGACCAAAGUGAAAUCUCAGAGACAUUAUCAUCAUAUACGACGCGCCCUGAGUGGCUCUGUGAAUAUCUGCAAAGCUGGAUAGGCGGUCUUCUUCAUACGAGUUAUUAUACUUCCAUGUUCGGACAGCCUUUGUAUGAGCAUACAUAUUGGGACUAUCCGGAUGCUUGUUGA